GCUCCGCGCCAGACUCGACCCCGCCGUCCGGCUGCCCUCCUGCAGCGGCUCGUCACCUCCGGGGUCCCAGCCUCCACGGGCCGGGACCGCCGCCGCCGCCGCCGCAGGACGGGGAGGCGGGCCAUGGCGUCCUGCGUGGGGAGUCGGACCCUGAGCAAAGAUGAUGUGAACUACAAGAUGCAUUUCCGGAUGAUCAACGAGCAGCAAGUGGAGGACAUCACCAUCGACUUCUUCUACCGGCCGCACACCAUCACCCUGCUCAGCUUCACCAUCGUCAGCCUCAUGUACUUCGCCUUCACCCGGGAUGACUCUGUCCCAGAGGACAACAUCUGGAGGGGCAUCCUCUCUGUCAUUUUCUUCUUCCUUAUCAUCAGUGUGUUAGCUUUUCCCAAUGAUUGUCAGGAGUGCUGGUGGGAUCAGGUCAUCCUGGACAUCCUGCUGUGCAAUGGCGGCGGCAUCUGGCUGGGCAUGGUCGUUUGCCGCUUUCUUGAGAUGAGGACCUACCACUGGGCCAGCUUCAAAGACAUCCACACCACCACCGGGAAAAUCAAAAGAGCCGUGCUCCAGUUUACUCCUGCUAGUUGGACCUACGUUCGAUGGUUUGACCCCAAAUCUUCAUUUCAGAGAGUGGCUGGAAUAUACCUUUUCAUGAUCAUCUGGCAGCUAACUGAGUUGAAUACCUUCUUCUUGAAACAUAUCUUUGUGUUCCAAGCCAGUCAUCCAUUAAGUUGGUGUAGAAUUCUCUUCAUUGGUGGCAUCACGGCUCCCACAGUGAGGCAGUACUAUGCUUACCUCACUGACACACAGUGCAAACGCGUAGGAACACAGUGCUGGGUAUUUGGGGUCAUUGGUUUCCUGGAAGCUAUCGUGUGCAUAAAAUUUGGACAAGAUCUCUUCUCUAAGACCCAAAUACUCUAUGUUGUGCUUUGGCUUCUUUGUGUGGCUUUCACCACCUUCCUGUGUCUCUAUGGCAUGGUUUGGUAUGCAGAGCACUAUGGUCACCGAGAAAAGACGUACUCAGAGUGUGAAGAUGGCACCUACAGUCCAGACAUCUCCUGGUCUCAUGGGAAAGGCUCAAAAGGUUCUGAGGACAGCCCACCCAAGCAUCCAGGCAACAACGAAAGCCACUCUUCCAGAAGAAGGAAUCGACAUUCCAAGUCAAAAGUCACCAAC